AUGAAGCUCGCCCUUCUCGCAAGCACUAUUUUCGCGGCUACCGGCCUCGCCAGCCCUAUCGAGGCCCAUGACAAGCAUCUCAUCUCCUAUACGUUCGAGCGUAACAAGAACUUUAUGGAAAGUGACCUUAAGGUCCAGAAGAUCAUUGUAGAUGCUACGGGCAUGGACGACUGGAUCUGCAGCCGAUCCUUCCCUCCGAUCUGCCACCCCCCGCCACUGGAGACGGACGUCAUUAAGAAGCUAGAGGCUUUGCCCGGCGUUAUUAUCCGUCGUACUGUCCGUGAGUGCACGAGCACUUAG